AUGAAGAUUGCAAAGCACCGUACACCCCUGACGAAGGGGAUUAUUUGGACGAUAUUGUCUGUGUGCCUUUUAUUCAUGUUCGCCACACUAAUAUUGGUUAUUGUAGCAACCGCUGGCUCCACCGCAAACUACAAGCCCUUAACGAAUAUAUAUAUCGGCGAGGCCGAUAUCAAACACAUCAAUGUGAGCAAGGUAAUUCCUCAAAUAGGCCCUAUUUUGACAAUACUAGGGUCCGCUUUGACGGCUCCGAAUAGCUCCCUGGAUGACAUUUUUGGCGCCAUGAAAAAUAUUGCUGAUACUCCGGCGCUGACGCCGUUAUUAACGCUUUUGUCUAACGCUGACAAUACGACAGUUACCAUCGAAUCAUUGACCGAUUUGGCUCCCUUAGCCAUCAGCGGCAAUCCCGCUUCAAGCACUAGACAACUGUCGGAAAUAAAUGGGUUGCUGAAGUAUUCGGACAAUGCUACUGAAACACUAGAUGGGCUCUCCAGAUUAGUUUCUACUUCGCUGUCUUCGGGGAGUUCUAACUCUUCCAGUGACUCAACUACUAUGGUCUUGGACUUAUUAAAAGACUCCGACAAUCCACAAAAUUCCACAGAUGCGUUGCUAACUCUGAAUAAUUUGACAAUGUCAGAAAAGGCGCAAUUGUUACCUGUUUUUAGACUAUUCGCCCUCUCUACGAACCAAACCGCUACCAUGACAGCCCUGGCGACCUUGAUGAAUACUACCAUUUCGUCUUCUUUGGCCCAAACACUAUUAACUCAGUUACAAAACACAAUAUCAAAUGGAGGGUCUUUGAAUAACACGUUUAGUACUUUGCAACCACUAGUCCCACAGGCCAGCACCCCUGCAUUUAGCGCAGUGGAGUUACUGCUGAACGAAACCACCUCUACAAACCAGACAUUAAGCACCCUGUCCGAUUUGUUGGAAAAAAACGUCACUCAGUCAUCAUCAGCAAAAACGGCGUUUGCUGCCUUGAGCCAAUUGAUGGAUAAUUCAAACAACUCGACGAUGGUCGUCACUUCGGUCCAAUCUCUGGCUGCAGUGACAAACACGACCCAAUCUACUCAACAACUAAUUGGAUUGGAUGACGUGAUAAGCUCCUCGAGUAACACCAAUGAAACUUUGUCCAUCUUGUCCGAAUUGCAAUCCGGCCUAUCAGGUAAUUCAAGCACCACACAGUACAUCCCAUAUCUCUUCAAUCUUUUAGGAGCAUCCACUGAUCCUAAAACAACGUUUUCAUCCUUAGUAACACUGACUUCCUGGGCUCAAGAAAACCCUCAGACAUUUUUGCCCAUUUUAGAUAUAUUAGCGGAUGCCAAGUCCGUCCAACCAAUUUCCCCAGAAGAAUUGAAUGCCAUGACGCCGAAUAUAUUGGAGUAUUUGAAGAUUCCGAUUUACUACCGUUUGUCCAUUUUCACGCUAUGCCAUGCUAAUCUGGAAAACAAGAUCCUAGAUUGUAACUCCCCACAUGCUGUACAAAACUUGGACUUUAGAUCGAUUAUUUACGACGCAUUAGUCACAUCAGAUUUCCAACCAUAUUUAAACGCUCUGAAUAUUACCGCCAAUGAUCUCUACUUGGAAGGGAAACUUUUACACAGAGAGCACCAAUAUGUACCAGCAGUGAAGUCUGUUUUGGCUUUGAACCUGUUGGCAAUAAUCUUUUCCUUCUUUACCAUGAUUUUUAUCAUAUUACUGUACUUUAACAGAUAUAUGUUUAAACAACCAUUGUGGCUCAUCGCCCUAGCCUUACACGUUUGUGUUGGCGUAGCCACAAUAUUGGCGGCUAUUAUCAUAUCCGUUAUGAUUGCCAUCAUAAAGAGUGGUACCGCUGAUGACAAAUAUGGUGUCGUAUUUAAAGCCGGUCCUGCCUACGCGGGGCUGAUAUGGACAGCAUUUGCAUUGUCCUUUAUUGCUACAGGAUUGAUAAUUUACACAUGGUGGAGAAACAGGCGGAGUGGUCGCUACAUGCCCGGAACUGUAAUGAAUAAUAAGGGCAAAAAUUACACGUAUGGAGAUGGUGCUACCAUUUCGGCCGACCAAAACUUGGACGAUGAUGAUGCUGACGUUGAAAAGCAUGUGAAUCGUAAUGAAAUAACCGCUAUUGACGGCAGCAGUUCUGCCAAUAAUACAGACGUCACAGGCAGCACUAGCGAUAGAACGGAGCUGGAUCAUCCUGACGUGCCUCCGAACGUUUCAAAUGGACCAGUUGUUAACAAUAAUGCACAUUUGGUAGCAUAA